AUAAAAUGCUAAUUACUAACUUCUGUCUUGUAUCUGCAUCAUGUGCUGCUUUGAGGGCAGUUGUUUUAUUUAGAAAGGAGAAAGUACUUUCAAAGAUGUUUACGGAUGUUGACAAAAUGCCACUUUACAAUCUUGAUUACAUCAAUAGUAAAGCAGAUCUACCCAUCAAUCAAUACCUUGUGUUGACUGGAAAAAUCACUUCCAAUAAUUUACAGUAUGAAAGCUUAGAGUAUUAUUAGACCUACAUUUUCAGAUAAAUCAGUCAGGGCUAUACUAUCUACAAUUGUGCCUACAAUCAAAGAAAAGUAAAAAGAUGUUGGAGAUGGACUCCUGAUUAAUUUGGGUUAGGUAAUUACCUUUAAAAGAGAUCAUUUAAUAUAAUUUAUACUUAGAAAUGAUAACCACUAAUUAGAAGUAAAAUAUUUACCAAAUCGAUCACUUAUUUUAUAUAAUCUUCCAAAAAUGAGAGAGAAUAUAAUGAAAAGUGAAUUGUCAUAAAUUAAAAUAGCUAAUCAACACGUUUUUCAAACUACAUAUACCGAAUUUGCUUUGCUACCAAAUUAAUAGGUAUAAUUAAAAAUAAUUUAGUACGGUGUUUGUGGCAAAUUAUAGCAGGAUGGUGUUCUUACUCCUUUGAUUAUUUUAGGAUCAUCUAAAGAAUCUUUUAUUGAUAGUCUAGAGGAAGAAUUAUUGAAAAUAAAUAAGGCAGCCAAAAUUUGGUUAUUAUGUAGUGGAGGCAUUACAAUCGCAGCUGCUAUAUAUGCUAGGAUGUACAAAAGAUCAAGGAAAUAAAAAGAGAAUCAAUGAAAUUUC